AUGUUCAACUUGAUGAAGAAGGACAAAGAGAAGGAUGGGGCCCGAAAGGAGAAGAAAGAAAAGAAGGAGAAGAAGGAGCGGAUGUCAGCAGCUGAGCUCAAGAGCCUGGAGGAGAUGAGCAUGCGCCGGGGCUUCUUCAACCUCAACCGUGCCUCCAAGCGGGACUCUAAGACCCGUCUGGAGAUCUCCAACCCCAUCCCCAUCAAGGUGGCCAGUGGCUCUGAUCUGCAUCUCACGGACAUUGACUCCGACAGCAACCGGGGCAGCGUCAUCUUGGACUCGGGCCACCUGAGCACGGCCAGCUCCAGUGAUGAUCUCAAGGUGGACGAUGCCAACUUCAAAGGCUCGGUGCUGCAGCGGGCGGCCAAGUUUGGCUCGUUGGCCAAGCAGAACUCCCAGAUGAUCGUCAAACGCUUCUCCUUCUCCCAGAAGAGCCGGGAUGAGAGCACCUCAGAGACAUCCACCCCAUCUGAGCACUCAGCAGCCCCCUCCCCACAGGUGGAGGUGCGCAUGCUGGAGACCCAGCUCACCAAGCAAGGCAUCCCCACGGGACACCCCUGCACCCCUCCCACCACCUCCCUGCAUGCCAGGGUGCCGGAGCUCGUCAGCAAGAGGUUCCCCGCUGAGCUGCGGCUGCCCGCCUUGGUGCCCCCACAGCCCCCCACCCCACGGCAGCUGGAGCUGCAGAGGCGCAACACCGGCGAUUUUGGCUUCUCCUUACGCCGCACCACCAUGCUGGACCGGGCGCCCGACGGGCAGGUGUACCGGCGCGUCGUGCACUUUGCAGAACCUGGAGCUGGCACUAAAGACUUGGCAUUGGGGUUGGUACCGGGUGACCGGCUGGUGGAGAUCAAUGGACGAAACGUGGAGAACAAAUCUCGGGAUGAGAUUGUGGAGAUGAUCCGGCAGUCCGGGGAGACGGUGCAGCUGAAGGUGCAGCCCAUCCUGGAGCUC